AUGAAAUCAAAAAACAAGAAACUGUCAGACGAGACGCAGGCUGCAGCUUCUCCUGUUUAUAACAAGGUAAACUUUUAUCAGCCGCUGCAACUAACCGUCAGACAGUGAGAGUUUGGAUAUCGGGUGACAUUUAUGUGGAGUUUGUUUCAUCGCUUCACGAGGCUGUAAACGGAUUAUUGAUACUCAGACUGAGGCAAAGCAGAUAUGAGUGACGUGGCGGAGGAAGCGAUGGACAGCUCUGCAGUGUCGGAGGAAGACGUGGAAGACCAGCAGGAGACGUCACAGGACGACCAGUCCAGUCUGAACAAAAGUCGCUCCAAAAUACCGGCUGCAGGUGAAAUCAUCGAGGGCAAACGGGCGAAGAAGACAGUUGAGAGGCUCGACUUCCAGGCACCGAAGCAACGAGAGAAGCUCAAGAUUGGAGAUGGAAGUGGAGAUAAAUUAGGAGAUAUUCCACGCACCGGCUACCAGAUCAACAAGAUGAAGCCAGCUGAUCUGAAACCUCUUCACGCCAUUUUAUUCGACAGACCAGGAAAGAUGGCCACAAUAAAGAAGAACCUGCGUCUGUUUAACGGCUUUCCUUUUGACGCCGCCAGCGAACAGUACACCAAAAAACGAGAAAAACUUCUCAAGAGUUCAAAUUUUACCAACAGCAAACUGAAAGUCGUCUGCACAGUUUUGGAUCUGGAGAAGAAAGGAACCCACUCAGAUCUGGUCGACAGGAUCCUCACGUUCCUCGCCGCGCCGAAAAACAGCGGCAAGCGUCUUCCUGUGAAGAAAAAGAAGAAAUCAAAGAAGAAACUAUCAGGCGACGACUCGAAGGCCAAAACCAAGAAGAAGAGCAAACCUAAACCCCGGAGCUCUUCGUCCAGCCCCAAAAAGUCCAAAUCAGGAAGCAAGUCCAAAGCCAUCGUCAUGGACUCCAGCAGCGACGAGGACGACGACGAGGAAGACGAGAAGGUCGGAGCUUCAGCCGAGGCGGAAGGAUCGGAUACCGAGGAGAAAAGAUCGGAGAAAGAGGAGGACCGGUCCGACAAGUCGGAGGAGUCUGCAGACGAAGAAGAAGAAGAGGAGGAGGAGGAUGAGUCUGAUGAAGAUGAUGAGUCUUCCAAAUCAAAGUCAAGCAGAGGGAAAUCUGCCUCCAAGAAAUCUGCACCAGUGAAAAGACAGAGGACACCAGCGAAGAAGACGGGUCCUCCAAAAAAGAGAGCGAAGAAGGAAGUUUCAGACGAGUCCGAGUCAGACGCCGACAGCGAAGCCGAUGAGAAGCCCAAAAAGAAGAAAUCAGCUCCAGUCAAACCAGCUGCCAAAACUAAGAAGGCCGACAGCAGCAGCAACAGCAAAAACAACACAAACACAGCAGAGGACAGCUCAGACGACGACGAGCCGCUCAUUAAGAUGAUAAAGAAAUCGCCGACUGAUGAGCAGCUGAAGGAGACGGUCCAAAGUCUUCUGAAGGAGGCUGAUCUGGAGGAGAUGACCAUGAAACAGAUCUGCCAGAGGGUGUUUGACACAUAUCCAGACCACGACCUGACCAGCAGGAAGGACUACAUCAAACAGACAGUCAAGUCUCUCAUCACAUGAAGAUCUGAAGAAUAAAGUCGACGUGAAUCACUGCAAAACUUCACGAGGGACAAACUUCAGCAGGAAUGACUGAAAAGCUUUUUUUCAUUUGUUUCAUAUCAUGUUUUGUUUUCAUACAAAGUUGUUUUAUACAUAAUUAUUUUUGUUUUUUUUUAUUAAUGUUCGACUCGUGUAGGUUUUCAGGUCAACUCAACAGAGUUAAUCAUUAACAUUUUUUAGAGUUCUCAGGCACAUGUUUCGUGCCUUCAGUCGAGUCCAAAGCAAAGUUCGAUUUGCAAAAAAAUAAAAUAAAAUUCAAAACAAGUUGAAAAAAAUCAAAUUUCUUACAUGAACGGUGAUUUAUCAAAGUUCAAACUGACAUUUUAUUUUAUGGCUGUUGGUCGACUUUCAGUCAUGUUUUGGUAGAAAAGACAGGAAACAGUCAGAGAAUUGUCUUUAUUAAUGAAUCAGUUCAACAAUCUGCUUUGUUUUAUAGAUUAAUUCUCCUGCUUUACUUCCUGUGAAGAUGAUUUAAUGCAGUUUGUGUUCAUCAGAAAUCCUCAAAGAAAACCUUUUGUGUCUGAAAUGAUUCAGUCGAUGUUUUGCAGGUCAAAAUGAAGAGCAGUGGUUUGGAUGUUAAUUUCUUUUUUUUUUAAUUUAAAACACAGUUUGCCAAAUCUGAUCUUUGCUUUUAACUCACAACUUCUGGCUUUUUAAUUAGCUAAAACUAUUUUUGAUUAACAACCAUUUCAAGUCUUUAUUUUGUUGUUGAUGAAGACUUUUUGUUUCUGGAUUUUUGUUCUUUGUUUUGGUUGUUCUGUCAAAUAUUAAUUUACAAUUUAAAAUCCUCAAAUGAAUUGUACUAAGUAAUUUACUUACUGAUUAAAAUUGUACUUUUUUUGAACAAAA